AUGUCAUUCUCUUUGACAAAAUCAUUUUUAAAAUUCACAUUUCGAUGUAAUAAUACAAUUUCAGUUCGCUUAUUAUGUACAAAACCAUUUUACAAGGUUCCUAAAGCUGCAAACGCAAAAGUAACUCAAAGAAAAAGUUUGGAAAAUCAAGCUAAGAUAACAAAAAAAUUUAAACAACGACUUUCUGAUUACUUACGUACAAUGGCAACACCUGAAAUUGAAGCAAAAUUGGCACCAUUACGUGCUGCAGUAAAAGAGUAUGCAGAUAUUAUAAGAGAAUUAAAAGCAAAUAAUGCUCCACAAAAUGAUAUUGCCAAAGCUGUUGUUGAAUUAAAGGCAAGAAAAAAGAAAUUAGAAGAUACUGAAAUUGAGUUAAUGCCAAAGGAUGCCGCUUUUGACAGACCAAAAUUAGAAGAUUUGUUAAAAAGAAGAUUUUUUUAUGAUCAAUCUUUUGCUAUAUAUGGAGGUGUUUCUGGACUGUAUGAUUAUGGUCCAAUGGGAUGUGCAUUAAAACAAAAUAUGCUUCAAGUUUGGAGAAAUCAUUUUAUUAUUGAAGAUUCAAUGCUUGAAGUUGAAUGUUCUAUGUUAACACCAUCUCCUGUAUUUAAGGCUUCAGGUCAUGUUGAUAGAUUUGUAGAUUGGAUGGUAAAAGAUGUCAAAACAGGUGAGUGUUUUCGCGCUGAUCAUUUAAUUAAAAAUCAUGCUGAAAAACUUAAAUCCGACAAAAAAACUAGCAAUGAAGUAAAAGCUGAAUUGGAAGAUAUCUUGAACAGACUUGAUGGUUUUGAUAAUAAUGAUAUGCAAAACGUUAUAAAAAAAUACGAUUUCAAAUCACCAAUUACUGGUAACGACUUAACCGAGCCACAAGCUUUUAAUCUCAUGUUUCCAACUGAAAUCGGACCAACUGGUGAUUUCAAAGCUUACCUUAGGCCAGAAACUGCACAAGGUAUUUUUGUUAAUUUUAAAAGAUUACUUGAAUUUAAUGCUGGAAAAUUGCCAUUUGCCGCAGCUCAAAUUGGAGCCGGUUUUAGAAAUGAAAUUUCUCCAAGACAAGGUCUCAUUAGAGUUAGAGAAUUUACAAUGUGUGAAAUUGAACAUUUUGUAGAUCCUGAAAAUAAAUCUCUUCCUAAAUUUAAAAAAGUUAAGGAUAUGAUGAUGAAUUUGUUCUCUGCUGAUGCACAAAUGGAUGGUAAAAGUUUUACUAGAAUGACUAUUGGUGAAGCUGUUGAAAAAGGAAUUGUUGACAAUGAAACUCUUGGUUACUAUAUGGCUCGUACUAAUCUUUAUCUUUUGAAAGUUGGUGUCGAUGAAACUAAAUUACGUUUCCGUCAACAUAUGGCUAAUGAAAUGGCUCAUUAUGCUAAAGAUUGUUGGGAUGCUGAAAUUUUAACAUCUUAUGGAUGGAUUGAAUGUGCUGGACAUGCUGAUAGAUCUUGUUAUGAUCUUACACAACAUGCCAAUGCAACAAAUGUUAAACUUAGUGCUGAAAGAAAACUAGAUGCACCUAAAAAAAUUAGUGGUUUAGAGAUUGUUCCAAAUAAGUCAAUUAUUGGUAAAAAUUAUAAGAAAACUUCGAAAGAAAUUCUUGCUAAAAUUGGAUCUUUAAGUAUAGAAGAAAUUAAAAAAGUAGAUGAAACUCUUAAUCAAUCAAAGGAAUAUGAAAUUGAAACAUCUGAUGGUUUAGCAAAAUUGUCAAAAGAUAUGCUUACUGUUAAACCAUUUGAAAAAACAAUUCAUGUUGAGGAAGUUACUCCAUCUGUCAUUGAACCAUCAUUUGGUAUUGGUAGAGUUAUGUAUGCUGUUCUCGAGCAUAGUUUUAGAACAAGAGAAGGUGAUGAACAAAGAAAUUUCCUUCAAUUACCACCAUUAAUUGCUCCAAUCAAAUGUUCAAUUCUUCCUAUUUCUAGUAAUGAAAGAUUUGAACCAAUUAUUGAAUCUGUUGUUCAACUUAUUACAGCAUUUGGUUUAACUUACAAAAUUGAUGAUUCCGCUGGUUCCAUUGGUAGAAGAUAUGCUCGUACAGAUGAAAUUGGUAUUCCAUUUGGAAUAACUGUAGAUUUUGAAUCAGAAAAAGAACCUCACACAGUAACACUUAGAAAUGCAGCCACAACAGAACAAGUUCGACUUGAAUUAUUAGUAGUUGCUGAAGUUAUUCAUAAAUUGUGUAAUUCUACUACAUAUACAUGGGAUGAUGUUAAAAAACAAUUUCCUCUCUUUAUAUCAGAACAAAAAUGA